AUGGGAUGGGGCAAUUGGAGACCCAGGUUCAACUUUGGACACCUGAAGGUGCAGUCCAAAGUGUCCGUCUUCUUGACCAUGAUUAUUAUCGUAACCUGUCUGUUCUACUGUCUAACUGGAUACUGCGAAUCGUCGCCACGACCCUUGUACGACCAGCAAAGUUCGAGAGGGAAAGUUCACGCCGAUGACGGAACGGUGCAUCUCUCCCAACGCCACCGAACCAACGCGCAGUGGAACAUUUCUGUGCUUCGCCAACUUCACCUUUCAAACAGAUUUGAGUCGCUCUUGCAGGAGAGCGAAGACGCAACUCACCAGCGCUCAACCGACCAGACUGCGGGGUCCUCAAACAAUAACAUCACAGUGUCGAACAAUUUCGGGACCAAGGAGUUCCCUCAGGCGAUAAUCAUCGGUGUGAAGAAAGGGGGCACCCGGGCGCUCCUCGAGUUUCUCCGGAUCCACCCCGAUGUCCGGGCGGUUGGAGCGGAGCCACACUUCUUUGACAGGUUCUACGACAGAGGUCUCGACUGGUACAGGAGUCUGAUGCCACGCACACUGGAGGGCCAGAUCACCAUGGAGAAGACGCCAAGCUACUUCGUGACGAAGGAGGCACCGCGGCGCGUCCACGCCAUGAGCCGCCAAACGCGCCUCAUCGUAGUGGUGCGCGACCCCGUGACCCGCGCCGUUUCCGACUACGCCCAGACCCUCAGCAAGACGCCGGGCCUCCCGCCCUUCCAGACCCUGGCCUUCAAGAACGGCACCACCGCGUCCUCGCCCUUGGCCGGCCUGGUAGACACCUCCUGGAGCGCCGUGCGCAUCGGCGUCUACGCCAAGCACCUGGAGACGUGGCUACGCUACUUCCCGCUCCGCAGCUUCCUGUUCGUGAGCGGCGAGCGGCUGGUGAGCGACCCGGCGGGCGAGAUGGAGCGCGUGCAGGACUUCCUGGGCCUCAAGCGCGUGGUGGGCGCCAAGCACUUCUACUUCAACCAGACCAAGGGCUUCCCGUGCCUGAAGAAGCCGGAGGGCAGCAGCAGGCCCCGCUGCCUGGGGAAGUCAAAGGGCCGCACGCACCCUCCCAUCCCCCAGGAGGCGCUGCGCAGGCUCAGGGAGUUCUACCGGCCCUUCAACCUCAAGUUCUACCAGAUGACUGGACAGGACUUCGGCUGGGACUGAGGAGGAGAAG